AUGACGGAGGUGCGGCUCCUGCCAAAGCGUCCGCUCUUUCCCAUGGUUCCAAUGGCGGCUUCCUAAACCGCUGCCAUCUCAUUGUUUUGUUGCUUGUGUGAGGUGUGCACCUGCCGACUCAUAUGUUUUGAGAUUUCGCUAGCGUGUUGAUUCUCGUCGCCUCCGAAUGCCUACAUAACUCCCCUUCCCAUCCCCUUCAUUUCCCAUUCUUCUCUUUUUCUUCAUCUUCUUCCAUCAUCGCAUUUUUGUGUUACCAGUCCUUGCAGCGUUACAGCCCCCUCAACUUAAUACUGUAUUCUACUCGGCAUCCUUUUUGAACUACAGUAGUUAUCAACUUCGGCACACGUUCUAGCAUACAUUCUCAAGCAUCCUUCUUCUGAAAAUGCAUUACCUCAAGUCUCUCCUCGCGGUCUCUACCGUCCUCGUCGGCGUGGCUCUCGCUCAGAGUAACCUCAAGUUUACCUUCAACCCGUCUUUGGUUGUGGCCGGUACCCCCACUACCCUCGCGUGGGAUGGCGGCGAUCUGAGCCAGCCCGUGACUAUCAUCUUGAGGAAGGGCGAUCCUUCUAAUCUUGACACCGUUGAGACUAUUACUGAUGGUGCGUCUGGUGGCGUUUUCGUUUGGACCCCAUCGACCACCUUGAUCAACGGUGAUGACUAUGCCUUGGAGAUCAAGCAGGGCUCAGAGGACAAUUACUCGGGCGAGUUCAGUCUUGCUGGUGGUGCGCCUAAGGCUGCGGCGGCCUCUACCACCACAACUGCUUCCUCUGACCCUACCACUGCAAAGCCCGGCUCGACGUCUGCUGGUCUCAGCUCCGUUGCCGCUUCGCUGAGCUCCGAGGUCGAAUCUGCCACCUCGUUGGUUGCAUCCGUCACGUCGGCCGCUUCUCUGAGCACCACCGCUCCUGCCGCGUCAACCUCGUCCGUCUACUCCAUUGUUCAUUCGAUUCUUGCCUCGUAUGGCUCUGCGGUUCAGAAUGCCACCUCUGGCAUUGCGAACCCGAGCGGCACCGGCGUGUCCUCUAUUCCGAGAAACACGACCCUCUCGAGCGCCACUCUCACCACGAGCAAGACCUCGACUGCAUCCACCACCACAACCGAGACCAGCUCCUCGUCUGGUGCUGCUAGCUCGGGUACUGGCUCAAGCGGUACUCAGACGUCGAGCUCCUCGAAGCCGAACCAGACCAAUGGUGCGACCGUUGUUGGCUACGCCAGCCCCUUGGCUCUGGUGGCUUGUGCUGUCGCCGCUCUGACUUACCUCAACUAGAAUGGUCUUUGGUGUGUUGACUGAAGUUGGAUCCCCAGUUUGCAAUUCUCUUCUUUGCUGCAGCUGACAAUGCUCAUGGACCCCAAACCACGUGCAUACAGCUCAGCCCUAUUAGUUUCUUUCUCUGUAUGCUUUUUUUUAAUUCCCUAGAGACUGACGGUUGAAUACGAGCCACGAUUGCGCGUUUACUUUAGUGGGCGCACCCGAGAAUACGAAAAUUCCUUGACGAAGAAUUAUCAAUUCAUUGCAGCGAUUUUUCAGAUUAGCCAUGCUUUAUGACUAGUGGAUGAAGGGGCCCUUCCAGCAGCAGCAGCUGCUGCUGUGCAUUUUAUAGCCUAAUGGAUAUCGCAUAGGAUGCAGGCGCCGCGUGUACGCCUGAGAGCAGUACCCGGACAAG